CUUCUUCUGACUCUCUUACACACUCUCUUACACCCUCUCUUUUAUACACCCACACUCUACUCUCUCUUAACUACUCUCUCUUAACUACUCUCUCUUAACGACUCUCCCUCCUACAAAAGCUCUUUGACAGAGCUGAUCCUUCUUUUUGUUUUUGUCUAUCAAUGGUAUUCUCCUGAGGAGAUCCCCGACUAUUGCAUGAGACCUGUCUAUUUACUGUCUCGCAUUCUUUAAGACUCCCAAGUCAAUCCCUUUCUCCUUCGUUGACUACUCCCUGGCAGAGCUGGUCUCGCCUCUACUUGAAUCUCCAAUUCAAUCGUUCAAUCGUUAUACCUCUAUACCAACAUGGACAUCACACCACGCAGCUCAGGCAACUCCUGGGCCUUCCAUGAAGCCCUCAACGAUGACCUCGCUCGCAUCACUGUCCUUGUCCUCGGUCUUGUGGCCGCCUUCGUCUACAUCUGGCAACUCUCUCAUAGCUUCUCUGCCCAUCUCCGCCGUCUCGCCAGUUUCUCCAACGACCGCCAACGCUAUUUUCUCUCGCCCCAUAGCACCCUCUCCAAGAUCAAAAACCACAUCGUUUACGCGCCGCUCAUCCGGGGGCGUCAUAACCGUGAACUCCAGCUCUCGCGCGCUGUCAACUUUGGCACACUGCCGUCGCGGUUUCAUAUGUUCCUGAUUGUCGGGAUUGUGGUGAUGAAUGUCGCGGUUUGUGUGGUUACCGUUCCGUACGGUAGCGAUGAGCAUACCGUCUCCGGCAUGGUGAGAAACCGGACUGGUACCAUGGCCACUGUCAAUCUCAUGGCGCUGGUGCUGAUGGCCGGUCGCAAUAACCCGCUGAUCACCUUGCUUCGCGUGCCGUUUGAUACCUGGAACUUGUUACAUCGGUGGCUGGGACGCAUUGUUGUGCUUGAAGCUAUUGCGCAUACGUUCGCUUGGGCCAUUCCGGAGGCGAACCAGGCCAGCUGGGAUAUGGUGGGGAUGGUGUUUGGGAUGAGUAACUUUAUGCUGUGUGGCUUGGUGGCGGCCUGUGCCUUUACCGGACUCAUGGUGCACUCUCCUUCGCCAAUUCGUCAUGCCUUUUAUGAGACAUUCCUUCAUCUGCACAUUGCCAUGGCCGCUGUUGCCUUUGGUUUCUUGUGGAUUCACUUGAAGGGCAUGCCGGCGCAGAACUAUCUUUUGGUUGCUAUCGUUUUCUGGGCUUUGGAGCGAGCUACACGUCUUGCCCGCAUCGUCUACCGCAACUGCGGCCGCAAACUCACCACCGCAGUCGUCGAGGCCCUCCCCGGUGACGCCCUGCGCAUCACCCUCAACCUCGCCCGCCCAUGGACCUUCGAACCCGGUCAACACAUCUACCUCUACAUCCCCGCUGUCGGUUGGUGGACCGCCCACCCUUUCUCCGUCGCCUGGAGCGAAUCCUCCGAAGUCAUCACCGACGAAAAGGGCAUCCCCAUGACCCACCAAGACGCCCUCAGCACCCACCAAAAAACCUCCCUCUCCCUCCUCGUCCGCCGCCGCACCGGCUUCACCGACAAACUCUUCACCCGCGCCCAGAACGGCAUGGACUCCCGCGUCACCCUCAAAGCCUUCGCCGAAGGCCCCUAUGGCAGCAUCCACUCCCUCGAUUCCUACGGCACCGUCCUCCUCUUCGCCGGCGGUGUCGGCAUCACCCACCACGUCCCCUUCAUCCGCCACCUGGUCCAAGGCUACGCCGACGGCACCGUGGCCGCCCGCCGCGUAACCCUCGUCUGGAUCAUCCAGUCCCCCGAACACCUCGAGUGGAUCCGGCCCUGGAUGACAAGCAUCCUGGCGAUGGACCGCCGGCGCGAAGUCCUGCGCAUCAUGCUGUUCAUCACCCGGCCGCGCAAUACCAAGGAAAUCCAGAGCCCCAGCGCCACGGUGCAGAUGUUCCCUGGCCGGCCGAACGUGGACACACUGGUGGGCAUGGAAGCGGAGAACCAGGUUGGUGCUAUGGGAGUGCUGGUUUGUGGAAAUGGGGGGUUGAGUGAUGAUGUGCGGAAGGUGUGUCGGAAGAGGCAGGAUGGGUCGAAUAUUGAUUAUAUUGAGGAGAGUUUUACUUGGUAGUGGCAGUGUAUGGAUGUGUUUGUUUUCCCUCGUUUAGUUAAAAUUGUCCAAUUGCAGCAUCCGGGUUAUGAUUCAUGAUGAGCUUGUUUCUUGUGUCAUGUUUUACAUUCUGGCUAAUAAGGUACAUAUCAGUAUUAGUACAUACCGCAUUCUUUAUUCAAUUCUGCAUUUCAGCUCAUCACUCGAUCUUCUCGCGCGAGAAUGACGC